AGAGCAGGCGCAGUCAUAAAAGCGACUCCCAAGCGAAUCGAACACCCACGAAAAAUACAAAAGUCGCGGCAAAAGUCAACGAGAUUUAACCGAAGUUCAUACCAAAAACGAAACAUUAUCCAUCGAAAUGCAAGUCCAACGCCUGCUGAUCCUGACCUUUGUGGUGCUGGCCCUGAUCUUGGCCCAAAGCCCACGGAUAACGGAAGCACGCCGCCUGAUCUUCUACAAUCCGCAUACUCGACCGCUCACCAGCCAGCUCCUCGUGUCCCGGAAAAUCGCGAAACCAUGUCCCGCCGGCAAGAUGAGGGACCAUCGGGAUCGGUGUCGUCGGGCCGUCAUCUUUGGACGCAGCACCUAAAAAGUUCGCUGGCAAAAUCUCCAUAAAUUCUAAUCGCAAAUAUUUUUUUUUUUGACCUAGUCGUAAGCUAACUUAUUUUAGUCGUAGUUGCGUCACAAUGUGGCCGUCGAAGUAUUUAUUACAUUAUUUAUUUUGUAGCUGGUAAUAAUGAUAAGUAAUAAACUGAUGUCGAUAAAGAUAAAAGCCAUGGUGUUGUCUGACUUACACUCAAUGUUUGCUUAAACCUAUUGUUCCCUCUAAGUUUGCUAUGGCCUGAACAGAUAUUUACUUGGCAAAUAGCUGGCCAAGCUGAUUGGAAUAUUUUUUAGAUUUUCUAAGUAGAAGAAGUCUACGGAAAGUUACAAGAAAAAGUGUUUAAUUUCAAUGGAAAUGAGCAAGAAAUGUUAAUUAGUUAUAAAAAGUGGUUUAUCUGAGUAAUAUUUGAAGUGUUCUUAGAAGUAACUGUUACCAACUGUGGUUUUUGAUGAUCAGGAACUUCGUGUGUGACCUAAAUAUUAUCAAAAAAAGAUUUGUAAUUCCGUUUUGCUACGUCAAAGAAGGGCCAUAAAAGCCUUAAGUGACUGUCAUAGUUAAAGGCGAAUUCCACAGAUGACUGGUCAGUUUCCUGUAAAAUUUCUUUAAGCUCAAUGAUUCACUUAGAAGGCAGUCGAGGAAUUCAAUUCAACUUAGUAACAACGAGGAGUAAGUGAAAAGUAAAGUAAAAGAAGUUCCAGCAGUUCUACUUCUUCACAAAGAAGACCUAAGAUCUGUUAAGAUGAGAGUUUGUAAGUGAAAGAGAGAAAGGAAUGCUCUUGGAAUUACCGAACUCCUUGCUAGCCACCCUCAUCAUCAUCAUUUUAAGCCUUUUGGUGUCAUGGGCAAACAGUUUAAUCUUGGCACAAAUCGAGAUUGCAGGCGAUAGGCUGUGCUGGACAUGUUUAGCAAAUUGCACGCCGGAAACCAGUGACGUCAGUGAUAUGACGACCCGCAGGCCAGACCAAUAGAAAGAGUGAGAAAGCGUCCAAUGGGGGAAAUCCCUCAGGUAACUCCUCA